UGAUGCCUCCUCCUAAUGCUGCAUGCAGACCCUAGUCCUGCUCCACUGCAGAGACUGGAGGGAGGGGAUCCAGGACCUCUAUCAUUACAAUGUGGCUUAUUUUGCAGGGGGAAGAUCACAUUUGAACCCUGACGCUUCUUCCUACAAGUGCUUCCAAUGUUGGGAUUCUAUUUAUUUAUUCCCCUUGUCUUCUGAUUUCAUCUGAUGGCUUUGCUGCAUGCCGGAUGCUGGAUGAGCCUUGUGCUAUAAGAAUCCCUUAUUUUUGGGGGGAUUGCUUUUUCGGGAAAAUUAGAAAGGAUUAUAUUAUAUAUAUUUUUAUUUCUUGUAGAAAAUGGAGAGUGAUAUAUUUACUCCCAUCUUGGAAAAUUUUAUGAGCAGCCCUCUGGUGAGCUGGAUCAAGACUUUCGGAGUUCUGGUCAAAGGAAAAGGAACCUUGUUGGAUGAAUAUGUGGCUUUGGUGGACGGCGUGUUCCUCAAUGAGGUCAUGUUCCAGAUAAAUCCUAAAGCUGAUAUUCAAAGAAUAUACAAAAAGAUCAAUAAUGAUGCUACCCUGAGGAUACAAAAUGUGUCAGUUCUGGUGAAACAAAUCAAAUCGUACUACCAGGAAUCUUUACAGCAGUUGGUUAUGAUGUCUUUGCCGAAUGUUUUAACUAUUGGCAAAAAUCCAUUUUCUGAACAAGGUACAGAAGAAAUGAAGAAGAUGUUGCUUCUUAUGCUGGGCUGUGCAGUUCAGUGUGCAAGAAAAGAAGAAUUUAUUGAUAAAAUACAAGACUUGAAUUUUGACACAAAAGCAGCUGUUGCAGCUCACAUCCAAGAGGUAACUCAUAAUCCAGAGAAUGUGUUGGACCUGCAGUCCAUGGACUCUACUGACAUCUCCCCAGAUGAUCUGGAAUCAUUACUGAAAAACGUAGCUUUCCACUUAAAGAGACUGGUGGAUGAAAGAGAUGAACAAUCAGAGACAAUUAUCGAGCUGACAGAAGAGAGGGACUCCCUUCAUUUCACACCUCUGCCAGCAUUGGCUCAGUCUCCCUCUGGAUCGCCCAGCAUGAGGAGGACGGAGAGCAGACAGCACCUGUCAGUGGAGCUGGCAGACGCCAAGGCUAAAAUAAGAAGGCUGAGGCAGGAGCUGGAAGAGAAAACGGAACAAUUUCUGGAUAGUAAGCAGGAGGUAGCCCAGUUGGAAGCAGAGCUCAAGAGACUGCAGCAGGAGAACAUGAAUUUGGUGGCUGAUGCCAGAUCUGCCCGCAUGUACAGGGAUGAGCUGGACGCACUCAGGGAAAAAGCUGUCCGAGUUGACAAGCUUGAAAGUGAAGUCAGUCGGUACAAAGAACGGAUGCACGACAUUGAGUUUUACAAGGCCAGGGUAGAGGAGUUAAAAGAAGACAAUCAGGUGCUUCUAGAAACAAAAAUAAUGUUGGAAGACCAGUUGGAGGGGGCACGAGCUCGCUCUGAUAAACUGCAUGAGCUAGAGAAGGAGAACAUACAGUGCAAAGCUAAAAUCCAUGACAUGGAGAUGGAGCGGGAUUUAGACAGGAAAAGAAUUGAGGAGCUGAUGGAGGAAAACAUGUCUCUAGAAAUGGCUCAGAAGCAAAGCAUGGAUGAGUCGUUACAUCUUGGCUGGGAACUGGAACAGCUGUCUAAAACCAGUGAUCUCCCGGAAACACCACAAAAGUCACUGGGACAUGAAGUGAAUGAGCUGACCUCCAGCCGGCUGCUUAAAUUAGAGAUGGAAAACCAAACUUUGCUGACCACAGUGGAAGAACUGAGGAAAGCAAUGGGCUCCACAGAGGGUGCGAAUGCCAAAAUCCUGAAAAUGGAAAAAGAAAACCAAAGACUAAGCAAGAAGCUUGAGAAAAUAGAAGCGGAAUUAAUUCAUGAGCGACAGACCAUUGAGAGCAGCCAACAAAUGAGUGAUGACCUUAUGAAGGAAAAGUCACAGCUGGAGAAGAUCAUAGAGACGCUGCGUGAGAACUCAGAGAGACAGAUCAAAGGGCUGGAACAAGAAAAUGAGCAUUUGAACCAAACCAUCGCGUCCUUGAGGCAACGUUCCCAGAUUGGUGCUGAAGCCAGAGUAAAGGAUAUAGAAAAGGAAAAUAAGAUCUUGCAUGAGUCCAUCAAAGAAACAAGUAGCAAACUAAAUAAGGUGGAGUUUGAAAAGAAGCAGCUCAGAAAAGAACUUGAACAUUUUAGGGAAAAGGGAGAAAGAGCUGAGGACUUGGAAAAGGAACUGCAUCGGGUAGAAAAAGAAAAUGAACAGCUACAGAAGAAGAUCACCAGCUUAAACAUUGUCAGUGAAAAGGCAGAGUCCUUGGAACAAGAAAAUGUUGGGUUAGAAAUAGAAAACCGUAAGCUAAAAAAAACAUUGGAUGGUCUCAAAAAUCUCAAGUAUCAGAUGGAAUCAUUAGAGAAGGAGAACUCACAGCUUGAAGAAGAGAACUUGGACCUCAGGCGGAUGGUUGAGUCACUGAAGAGCACAAACAUUAGGGUAGCCCAGCUGGAGCUAGAAAACAAAGAGCUAGAAAAUGAGAAAGGCCAACUAAAGAAAGGUAUGGACCUCAUGAGAGCAUCUUGCAAGAAAACUGAGCGUUUAGAAGUCAGUUACCAAGGGCUUGACACGGAGAACCAAAGGCUGCAAAAGGCUCUGGAAAAUAGCAAUAAAAAAAUUCAGCAGCUGGAAACUGAGCUUCAGGAGCUAGAGACGGAAAAUCAGACCUUGCAGAAGAACCUGGAAGAGCUAAAAAUCUCCAGCAAGAGACUGGAACACCUAGAAAAAGAGACUAAGCUUUUGGAGCAGGAGACCUGUCAGCUAGAAAAGGACAAGAAGCAACUUGAGAAAGAGAACAAAAGGCUGCGCCAGCAGGUCGAGAUUAAAGAAAUCACGUUGGAGGAGAAUAACGUGAAGAUCUCCAAUUUAGAGAGGGAAAAUAAAUUACUUUGUAAAGAAACAAAUGCAUUUAAAGAGUCAUGUGCAAGGCUCAAAGAACUGGAAAAAGAGAACAAGGAACUUGUGAAGAGAGCAACUAUUGAUAAAAGAACACUAAUCACACUAAGAGAGGACCUGGUGAAUGAAAAGCUGAAAACCCAGCAAACAAAUAAUGAGCUGGAAAAACUAGCCCAUGAGCUAGAAAAGAUAGGCCUAAAUAAAGAGCGUCUCUUACAGGAUGAGCAGAACAGUGAUGACAGAUAUAAGCUUUUGGAGUCCAAAUUAGAAUCCACGUUAAAGAAGUCUCUUGAAAUAAAGGAGGAAAAAAUUGCCUCACUUGAAGCCCGGUUAGAAGAAUCGACUAAUUUCAAUCAACAACUACGCCAAGAACUAAAAACUGUGAAGAAGAAUUAUGAAGGACUUAAGCAGCGACAAGAGGAGGAGAAGUUGACACAGAGCUCACUUUCUAAGCCUGGAGAGGACAGUGUACCCAUCCCUAAAUGGGAGCGAGAGAGCCAGGAGACCACAAGGGAGCUGCUGAAGAUCAAAGAUCGCCUGAUAGAAGUCGAGAGAAAUAAUGCUACUCUGCAGGCAGAAAAGCAAGCACUGAAAACUCAGCUGAAACAACUGGAAAAUCAAAACGACAACUUACAAGCACAAAUUCUGACUCUUCAAAAACAAACCAUUUCACUGCAGGAGCAAAACACAACUCUACAGACACAAAACGCCAAACUGCAGGUUGAAAACUCUACUCUCAACUCUCAGAGCACCUCAUUAAUGAACCAAAAUUCUCAGCUCCUCCUUCAGCAGUCUAGCUUAGAAACAGAGAACGAGUCUUUGGUAAAGGAGAGAGAAGAGCUGAAAUCGAUGUACGAUUUGUUGGUAAAAGACCAUGAAAAGCUGGCACAGGUUCAUGAUCGCCAAGCAGGAGAGUAUGAAUCGCUCAUCUCUAAACAUGGCAACCUAAAGUCUGCACAUAAAAAUCUGGAGGUGGAACACAAAGAUCUCGUAGACCGAUACAACCAGCUGCUGAAACAGAAAGUGCAGUUAGAGGACCUGGAAAAGGCUUUAAAGGAGGAGCAGGGGAAAAUGGUGCAGGAGAAUAAGCAGCGUGAAAUGUUAGCUUCUGACUAUCAAAGACUCACUGAAGAGCAUGAGAGACUUAACCACACAUACAGACAACUGUUACGGGAGAAUGAAAGCCUGCAAAGUGACCAUAAAAAUCUGAAAAGUUUGCUAAACAAUGGAAAAUUGGAGCAGACCCGAUUAGAAGUGGACUUUUCCAAACUAAAGGAGGAGUUUCAAAAGUUGGAUAUCGAAUCCACAAAACUAAAUAACCAAUGUGAGCUUUUAGGGCAAGUAAAAGGGAACUUGGAAGAAGAGAAUAGACAUUUGACAGACCAGAUACAGACAUUAAUGUUGCUGAACAAAACGUUGCUGGACCAGAGUAUGGAGAGCAAAGAUCUUUUUCAGAUUGAACAAAGACAGUACAUGGACAGGUUAAAUGAACUCAGACGACAAAAAGAAAAACUAGAAGAAAAGAUAAUGGAUCAGUACAAGUUCUAUGAGCCAUCGCCUCCAAGAAGGAGAGGAAACUGGAUAACUUUAAAGAUGAGGAAGCUGAUCAAGUCCAAGAAAGAUGUCAACCGUGACCGCCUAAGGUCUCUUACACUCACGCCUUCCCGAUCGGAAUCCAGUGAAGGGUUUCUGCAGUUACCUCCCCAGGACAGCCAAGAUAGCUCAUCUAUAGGUUCAAAUUCACUUGAGGAGGGGCAUCCACUUGGGGCCAAAAAAAGCAGCACACUGAAAAGACUGCCUUUUAUGAGGAACCGACCGAAGGAUAAAGACAAAAUGAAGGCCCUCUACCGCCGCUCUGUGUCCAUGAAUGACCUGGUCCAGUCCAUGGUCCUGGCAGGUGGACAGUGGACAGGUAGUGCUGAAAAUCUGGAGGGUCCUGAUGAAAUUCCCACGGGCAAAAGAAGGAAAGAUUUGGGAACUAUGGCCUUCUCCACAACCGCCAUCAACUUUUCAACAGUCAACCAAGCUAGGAGCUUCAGAACCAAGCAGAUACCUAAAAGUAAAGAUGGUGCUUCGUAUGAGGAUGUCAGUGGGCAUGGUGCAAGUGAUGAUUCUUAUAGUUGUUCCAUCGUUCCUGCUCCCAGACCAGCCAGCCUUGAUAGUGGCAGGACAUCCCUUAGUAAUAGUAAUAAUAAUGCUUCACUCCAUGAAGUGACAGGUACCACUCAGAGUAGGUCCCAGAGCCACAGCAGUGGAGAUUUUGGUUUGCAUCAUGACAAUGAAGUGUGGUCCGGCAGCAGUAGUCCAGUCCAGUAUUUUGGCCAGCGUUUGAAAAAGUCUGCUGCAUCCAGCCCCAUGCUGAGACUCAGAUCAUGUGAUGGAGCAGAAUGCCUUGCCCAGUCGAAGAAGAGGCUAGGGUCACCAGGAAGUGAGAUGGUCUCCCUCAAGCAAUUCUUAGAAGAAAGCAGCAAGCUCACUGUAAGCCAGAUUCGGUCUGGAAGCCAGGAAAACCUUCUAGACGAAGUCAUGAAAAGUUUGUCUGGCUCCAUUGAAUUAUCAGGAUUACAGUCUCCUUCACAGCUGUCUCCUGGCCUAGCAAUGGGUGACAGAAAGACUGGAAAAACAGAGCAGUGUGCACGACUCAACACUCGGAAAACAGAGGAGAAUAUGCGAUUCACAUUCCCUGUAGGGACGGUCACACAAUCCAUAGAUGGAGACACUGCUCUAAGUCCAGGAAGUGUGUGUACACAACGACAAACAACUAAAGAGCCCAGCCAAUACGCCACCUUACCUCGUGCUAGCAGUGUUAUCUCCACUGCUGAGGGAACCACACGUAGGACAAGUAUUCAUGAUUUUUUAUCCAAAGACAAUAGGUCACCUGUAUCAGUUGAUCCAUCUCCGACACGGGAAGAUGCUCCAUCUUUAUUGAAUGUGGAGGCAACACCAGAGAUCAGGCUUUCAAAAAGCAGGUCUAGGGAGCAGCAAAUCCCUUAAUUUAGUGACCCUGUUCAAGUGAUAUCCCAAGUGAGCGAAAAGUGUCCUUCAGUUUGUCAUUGCGAAGUUUCCAUUUCUGAAGUCACAGGACCUCCCGCCAUGCCAAUUUCUUUAUCAGAGAAUUUAGUUGCAAGCAUUCAGCACUAGAGCUGGAGAUGAAUUGACACCUUCCUUCCUUGAAUCAAGGAGUUCAGUUGGAAAGAAAUGCAAAAAAAAUAAGUACAUUUUUAAAAAGCCCACAAACGCAACAGGAGUAAUAUGAUUUUUCUUUCUGCACUUUGCACUGUGGUUGUAUCGCAUUGUCCUUCUCAGGAUGGACCUUCAAGCACUCGUGGAAGCAAACUGUAUCAAUCCAAUUUCAGAAUCCUGAUCAUU